AUGGAUCCGACACACGACCCGGAUUUUCAGCCCCCUUCGACACAUCCGAAGAUUCAGCCACCUGUUUCACCAAAGCUCAUUCCGAACAGGAAGCCUAUCCAGCCAUACGUUCUCUCAGAUGAUGAAAAUGAAGAGUUUAAUGUUGAGGAAGAUGAUAGUUGUCUAAUUGACCCUAUAUCUCUGAAAAAUGGUAAAGCAACUGAAAGUGAGUCAUCCAUGAGCCUGCCUACAACUCGUCAUGAACGGGCUACAAGGAGAAAAGAACAAAGUUUGAGACACAAGAUUCCAAAAAAAGCGACAGAACUAGAGUCUUCGUCGACUAGUUCCGCCUCAGCAUCAGAAGAUGUUUCUGAUGUGGAAAAUGCUAUUUCCGAUACUGCAUUGAGCGAAGAUGCAGAUACGGUAGCUGGAGCAAGCAGAAUGGACAGGCGUGAGUACUCUACAAUUUCUAGUGGUAAUGCCAAUGAGCCUAUGAUUCAUUCAUUCCAGAUCGCUGACCUAGAAGAAGUUCGCAUGGUAUCCCACGUCAAGCAACAAGACUGGAGGAUUACGCAUUUCCAACGCAUCGUCUUAAAACAAGACUAA